CUCCAUCGCUCUCUGCUGCGCCACUAUUUCCCGGGUCUUGAUAAUCGUCCGUUUCCUGCUUCAUCAGCCCGUCUCGUGCCGCCAUCACUGUUACUCUGCCCGCACCGCAGACUGCCGUUCGUUGCACUUAUUCCGAGUCACUUUUUUGGCCGUAAAAGCGUGUUUCGGUUGAGAUCCGGGAUCCUCGUCAGGCGACGGUCUUGACCUUUGUGGGGUCGCGAUCAUGGGCAAAGUGCGUCCGUCCGCGCUGCUGCAGCGUGCCAAGGGGCAGCGGAACGAUGCCACCAGCAAGCCGUCAGUACCCGUUAUGGGGUGCGUCGCGCUGACGCUUCUGCUGCUCGGGGCGAUUCUCUUUUUGCGAAAAUCUUCGGCCUCGCCGUCAGCUGCCUCCACCGCCUCUUCUGAGUCUCAGUCAUCUCGCAAGCAGCUGUCAGAGACAGACGCAGGGAAGCCAGAAGAGAUUGGAAAGAAGCUGCCCAAAGUGCUGUUAAAGACAUCGUUAGGGGACAUCGUGGUGGAGCUGUACGCGGAUGACUGCCCCAAAACCGUCGAAAACUUUCUCACUCACAGCAAGAACAAGUACUACAAGGGCAUCAUUUUCCACCGCGUGAUCCGGGGCUUCAUGAUUCAAGGCGGGGACCCCACCGGCACGGGGCGGGGGGGCGAGUCCAUCUGGGGAGGCUCGUUCGAGGACGAGGUUCGGCCGCACCUGCAGCACGAGCCGUUCACUCUGUCCAUGGCGAACGCCGGGCCUGACUCCAACGGCAGCCAGUUCUUUAUCACCACAGUUGCCACGCCGCACCUCAAUGGCCAUCACACCGUGUUUGGGUCGGUCAUCAAGGGCAAGGAUGUGGUUCAGGCCAUAGAGAAUGUUGCAACGGAUUCCAGUGAUCGCCCGCGAACACCUGUUACAAUCCUGGAUGUCAUAGUUGACCCUGACACGUGCUGCUGAUCGCAGCAAUGCUGGUUGGCAUGAUGCUGACUAUGUCCCUGCUGUUUGCUGCAGUAGGCAUCCGCUCCGCAUGUUAAAGCCCGUGGCUAAAAACACAAAGCAGGGGCUCACUUGAAAGUGAUAUAUUUUUCACAGGCAGAAAAAGUUUCG